AUGUAUGCACCCGUGGCAAUCCUCACACUUCUGGUCCUUGUCGCUCUCUCCCUGGCUGACGACUUGCCGUGUACGCUUGUGCCCGACGAAACCGCAACCGAUGCAACCUCGCAGCUAGUGGGCUUGGCGACCAACAUGCAGCACGCCUACCUUGCGGCGCUGGAUGUGGACGAGGACAACGACAUCGAUCUUAUCUCGUCGGUUCCACCGCUCAAGUUGAUGCGGAACCAGGGAGACAACACAUUUGUAGAGGAGAACGCUGCCGCCGCCAUGUCCUUCACCGAGCCGACUGGCUCCGGCAUCACCAUGGGCCUCGCCGUGGCCGACGCCAACGGUGACUCGCUUGAUGACUUUGUCAUCGGUUGGCGCGAUCGAAACGUCCUUAUCAUGUACUUUAACAUCGGGGGCGGGUCAUCGGCAUUUACGCCUCACCAACUGGCGUCGGCAAGCCAGGUCGGAUUCCCCGAGUUCAUCGACUGGGACGGCGACGGCGAUCUGGACCUGGUCAGCUUUCUCUGGUCUACCACCGGUCCUGCCCGGGUCUUUAUCAACUCGGCCGGCUCAUGGCCGACAUCGCCGACGUACUCGUUUGGCUCAUUUACCGCAGUUCAUCCGGGCUCUUACGGUGACUUUGAUGGCGACAACGACCUGGACAUGGUUGUUGGCAACCAAAAGUGGCGCCGCGACGGCCCGCUCUCUAUGACCAACAUCGGAACAUUACCGGGUGGCCUGAUCGGCACCUCAUUCAGCUACCAGAUCACCACGCCAAUCAACUGGAACAGCGACGGGCAUGACGACGCAGGAGGCGGCAAGGGCUGUUACAUUCUUCUUGGCGACGGUGCAUUUGGCUUUACCUCGCAGACGCUUCCUAUUCCCGACUGUAUUCCGACCCAAGAGCGAAUUGUGGUCGACGUUAACAAGGACGGCGCCCAUGACAUGGUUUACUCGGCCUCAAACCGGCCCGACAUCGGCAUUUCGCUACUGGUCAACGAUGGCAGUGGCAACUUUGCUUCCACGAUCAUCCGCAAGUCGGAUCGCGCGGUCCAUACGCCGUUUUUCGUCGACGUCGACGGAGAUGGUGAUUAUGAUGUGUUCACUUCGCCGUGGGAUAACUCUGACGUCGACUUUGGCAAGCUCUUCUUCCACGAGAACAGCGCACGUCCAGGCGCACACAUGCCUGUCUUUCGCUCUCUCUGCGUCGUACCCGGGUGCACAACCGUUGAUGGGUGCGUGAGCAAUGUCAUCAGGAUUGCCCAGAUCCACGGCGCUAGCGAUGUCGAGCUCGCAGCAGGCGUCAACUACACCCAGUGUCCGGUCACGCCCAUCACCAUCACCAACUCGGCGCUUCGCAUCCGGCCCAGAGGAUGGUCGAGCCGGACGAGCAUCAGGUGUGGCCAUGCCGGUGUUCUUUUCCGGGUUGAGCACGGUGCCAAAGCGGCUGUUGAGCGACUUGACAUAUUUGACACUUCGACUUCGUUUACGGUUGAUCCGCAGCCGGCCAUCCUGGUCACCGGCACCGCUUCCAAGCUGACACUCUCCAACGUGACCGUGACGAGCGCCGAUGCGACCCGUGACGCCGCAGGCCUCACACUCAUUGCAUCCAUUGUCGAUGGCGGGUUUCUCGUGGCGGAAAACUCGGGGUCGCUCGUGGUGGAGAGCUCGGACUUUGUGGGGUGCUCGGCCUCGGGGUCGGGAGGAGCGAUGGCGCUCAAAAAGACCGGCCUGGUGAGCGUGACCAAGACCUCAUUUGUGGGCAACAGCGCAGUCGGAGGUGCUGGCGGCGCGGUGGUGGUUGUGCUCUCGGAUGCGGUGAUGGGUGAUACGCCGCUCGUGUCUAUCAGCAACUCGGUGUUUGCUCGCAACGAGGCGCGAUACGGCGGCGUUGCGGCGGUCAUCCUCGGACCGACCAUUUUGCCGACUCUCGAGGACCACACCUUUCUCCCAUGGCAGCCCAAUCAAGCGGCAGCGCUUGCGAAGGCGUCCAACCUCACGGUCUCGUUUGCCGACGUGAUGUUGGCCGACAACGUCGCUAGCUUUGGCGACGUGCUCUAUGAUUGCUCAGCACCUGUGCUCGGCCCAGGCACCCCGGGGGGGACCGUGCCUGGUGCGUCGUCGGUGUUUGUUUGCAACCCGAGCGACGCGGCGACGCAAGCGUAUAGCUCGGUGCCGUGGGUCACGAGCGUCGGCCCCGAGGCAGGCGCGCUGGUGGCUGCGGCGGCGUCGCCGGCGGUCACCAUCAAGCGGGUAGACGCUCCUGCAAACGAGCCGGUCCUUGUGAUGCCUGGCGAGGAGCUAGGUGGUGUCUCGUUUGGCGCCGAUGAUGUCUUUGGUUCGCCGACCACUGCGGGGCUGGUCGGCCUGCUCCCAGCACCUGGCUCGGGCGACGACGUGUUUAUGUACGUAUCUAAUGUGCUCCGCGCGCUGUCGGCGAGCGAGACGGUGGUUGACUUUUCACGCGAGCGGCUGGCCGCUUCCCAUGCAGGCGUUGUCGGCUCGACGGUAUACAUGAGUGCUGGUUUGGCUGUGGCUGGCGCUGAGGUCGUGUUCAUCCCGCGGCCAUCGCUGGUCGUUCAGUUCCCGCUGCAGUUUGUGGCGUGCGGGCCCGGAUGGGGCGCGUCGUCGACGACGCCAUUUGCUUGCAGCCCGUGCGCGUCCGGCCUCUUUGCGCCCGACACGUCGAUGGAGGCUUGCAGGCCGCUCGACGACUGCCUGCCCAACUCGAAGCGGACACAGUCCGACUCAUCAGAGUGCACGUGUAACGCCGGGUAUUGGGCGCCGGCGCUAGCACCCGACACGCCGUGUGUAGUUUGCCCAGUCGGCGGGAUUUGCGUCGGGUCGUCGACCGAGAUACCAACUGCAGCGGUGGGUUACUUCAACGUGGCAAACUCGACAGGCUCGGGUGCGCUGGCGGAGAUGGCCAAGUGCCCACGGCCGCAGUCGUGCGCCGGUGGCUCCAAGUGUGUCACAGGCUCAGAGGGCUUUAUGUGCCGGGCGUGCUCAGACGGCUUUUACACCGACGAGGACACCGUGUGUCGAAAGUGCCCGAACGCGGCAGGAGCCAUGUUCUAUGCCUUUGUCUCUGUCCUUGGCGCGGCGGUCGUUUUGGCAACGGCGGUAGUGAUGUGGGCAGCGUACGGACGGGGCGGCGGGUCAUCUUCGGUCUGGCGAGUGCCGCACGCAGUCAAGUCGGGCAUUCUGUUCUUCCAGAUCCUGGCGGUCAUCGGCGGCGCCGAGCUCAACUGGCCGUCGCCGCUCAGCUACAUCCUGGCGGUCUUCUCGGCGUUCAACCUCUCGCUCGCGCUGUUUGCCUCCGAGUGCGUACUGGUCGACUUUGCCACCAUGUACAAGUUUACGGCGCUCAUUCCGAUGGGUAUGUUCUUGCUUGUCAUGGCGGUGGCGGCGUUGUUCAAGUUUGGGCUUCGAUUGCGGCGCGUGGCACUGCCGCGCGUGGCCGAGCGAGUGCUCUGCAUCCUCGGCCCGAUGCUUUAUAUUGCGGCAGCGCAUGCAUCACUCGUGCUCUUUGACUGCACCAAGUUGCCAAACGGCACUUUUGUGCUCGACGCGGACAUGGGCGUCGUGUGCUUCGAGUCGGAGUGGAUCGAGCUGCUGCCGUAUGGCCUCUUUGCGGUUGUCGUGUACGUCAUUGGCCUGCCCGCAAUCCUAUUCACGCUCCUUUGCCGGGCACGACACUCGCUGCAGACAUCCGAGGUGCGCUCCCGACUCGGAGUGCUCUUUCUCAACUUCCAGCCGCAGUUCUACCUCUUUGAGGUUCUGCUCCUCCUCAAGCGGCUCGCGGUAGUGGCGACGGCCAUGUUUUUCUCAGACCUCCACGUCUGGCUCCUCACCAUCUUUAUGGUUGUUUUUGCAGUUUUUGCAGGCAUCCAGCUCAAAUACGAACCGUACAAACUGCAGAUGUACAACGACAUCGAGAUGCAACUCAACCUCGUCAUCUGCGCGCUGAUCAUGCUCGGCACGCUCUUCUGGGCCGACAACUUUCCAAACCACACCUCGCUUGUCCUUUUUGCGGUCAUCGGCUGCGCUGCAGUCUUCCUAGCCCUUGCGUUCCGGCUCGGCAUGACCGCGCAAGUCGACGUCUGCAACGAGCCCGAGGCCAAGGAACACGGCUCACCCUCGCUCGGCACCUCCGGCACAAGCUCCGGAUCGGGCUUGGCACUGCUCACCCCGCAGCCGGUGGAGUUGAGCUAUACUAUGCUGCGUUCAGUCACGACGACGGCGACGAGCCUGACGAGCCUGCCUGCGGUGCUGCGGGCAUGCACUUCUGCGCUGCGCGGGUUCUCCUCAAGCGCGUGUGUGAGCGCUGGAGCGUUCAAGCCUUUCCUCCGCGAGGGCGUCUCGUCGGGGGCGACGGCGGUGGAGGCAGCCCGGGCCGAGUCGCUGGCCGGAGGUGGCGAGAAGCGGGUCGCGGCGCAGCACGGCAAGGGCAAGCUGACGGCGCGCGAGCGGCUGGACGUUCUCCUCGACGAGGGCUCGUUCCGCGAGAUGGAUCCGUUUGUCACCCACCGGUGCUCUGACUUUGGCAUGGAGGCGUCCAAGGUGCCGGGCGACGGCGUGGUCACCGGCCAGGGCACCAUUAACGGGCGCCUCGCCUUUGUCUUCUCGCAGGACUUUACCGUCAUGGGCGGCUCGCUCUCCGAGACCCACGCCGAGAAGAUCUGCAAGCUGAUGGACAACGCCAUGAAGGUCGGUGUGCCUGUCAUUGGCCUCAACGACUCGGGUGGCGCCCGCAUCCAGGAGGGUGUUGCCUCGCUCGCCGGCUACGCCGAGGUCUUCCAGCGCAACGUCGAUGCCUCGGGCGUCGUCCCGCAGAUCUCUAUGAUCAUGGGUCCGUGCGCAGGUGGUGCCGUCUACUCGCCGGCGCUCACCGACUUUACCUUUAUGGUCCGCGACACGUCGUACAUGUUUGUCACCGGGCCCGAGGUGGUCAAGACGGUGACCCACGAGGAGGUGACCCAGGAAGAGCUUGGCGGCGCCAAGACCCACGCCACCAAGUCGGGCGUUGCCCACCUCACCUUUGAGGACGACAUCGAGGCCCUGCUCAAGCUCCGCGAGUUCUACGACUUCCUCCCGCUUUCCAACACUGCCGAGCCGCCGCAGCGCGACUUUUCCGACCCGCGCACCCGUCGCUCCGAGCAGCUCAACUCGAUUGUGCCGGCCGACCCCAACUCGCCGUACGACAUCAAGUCGGUCAUCACCGAGCUCGUCGACGACGGCGAGUUCUUUGAGAUCAUGCCCGACUUUGCCAAGAACAUCGUCAUCGGCUUUGGCCGCAUGGAGGGCAAGACCGUCUCGUUUGUGGCGAACCAGCCCAAGGAGCUUGCUGGUUGCCUCGACAUCGACGCCUCGGUCAAGGCUGCCCGCUGGAUCCGCUUCUGCGACGCCUUCAACAUCCCCAUCGCUACCCUUGUCGACGUCCCCGGCUUCCUCCCGGGCGUCGGCCAGGAGCACAACGGCAUCAUCCGCAACGGCGCCAAGCUGCUGCACGCCUACGCCGAGGCCUCCGUCCCCAAGGUCACCGUCAUCACUCGCAAGGCCUAUGGCGGCGCCUACACCACCCUGGCCCCGCGCAUGCUCCGUGCCGACCGUGUCUACGGAUGGCCCACCUCCGAGGUCGCCGUCAUGGGCGCCAAGGGCGCCGUCGGCAUCAUCUUCCGCGGCGACUCGGACAUUGCCGCCCGUGAGGCCGAGUACGAGGAGAAGUUCCUCAACCCGCUCCCGGCUGCUCGCCGCGGCUUCCUUGACGACGUCAUCGAGCCGGCCGCCACCCGUGCCAUCAUUUGCGAGGACCUCGAGGUCCUGGCCACCAAGGUCGAGGAGGGUCCCGCCAAGAAGCACAGCAACGGCCCGCUGUAG